GAGUGUAUCUCUAUCCACGUGGGGCAGGCAGGUGUCCAGAUUGGCAAUGCCUGCUGGGAACUGUACUGCCUUGAACACGGAAUUCAGCCUGAUGGUCAAAUGCCAAGUGACAAAACCAUCGGUGGCGGCGAUGACUCCUUCAACACGUUCUUCAGCGAGACUGGGGCUGGCAAGCACGUGCCCAGAGCAGUGUUUGUGGACCUGGAGCCCACCGUGGUGGAUGAAGUGCGCACAGGGACCUACAGGCAGCUUUUCCAUCCAGAACAGCUGAUCACCGGGAAGGAAGACGCAGCCAAUAAUUAUGCCAGAGGCCAUUACACCAUCGGCAAAGAGAUCGUGGACCUGGUCCUGGACCGGAUCCGCAAACUGGCGGAUCUGUGCACGGGACUGCAGGGCUUCCUCAUCUUCCACAGCUUUGGGGAAUUUGCCAUCUACCCAGCUCCCCAGGUUUCCACGGCCGUGGUGGAGCCCUACAACUCCAUCCUGACCACUCACACGACCCUGGAGCAUUCUGACUGUGCCUUCAUGGUGGACAACGAAGCCAUCUAUGACAUAUGUCGGCGCAACCUGGACAUCGAGCGUCCCACGUACACCAACCUCAACCGUCUGAUUGGGCAGAUCGUGUCCUCCAUCACGGCUUCCCUGCGGUUUGAUGGGGCCCUGAAUGUGGACUUGACAGAAUUCCAGACCAACCUGGUGCCGUACCCUCGCAUCCACUUCCCCCUGGCUACCUACGCCCCGGUCAUCUCAGCCGAGAAGGCCUACCACGAGCAGCUGUCUGUGGCUGAGAUCACCAAUGCCUGCUUUGAGCCGGCCAAUCAGAUGGUCAAGUGUGAUCCUCGCCAUGGCAAGUACAUGGCCUGCUGCAUGUUGUACAGGGGGGACGUGGUCCCAAAAGAUGUCAAUGCUGCCAUUGCCACCAUCAAGACCAAGCGCACCAUCCAGUUUGUGGACUGGUGUCCAACUGGAUUUAAGGUGGGCAUUAACUACCAGCCCCCCACCGUGGUCCCUGGGGGUGACCUGGCCAAGGUGCAGCGGGCCGUAUGCAUGCUGAGCAACACCACCGCCAUUGCUGAGGCCUGGGCACGGCUGGAUCACAAGUUCGAUCUCAUGUACGCCAAGCGGGCCUUCGUACACUGGUAUGUGGGAGAAGGAAUGGAGGAGGGAGAGUUCUCGGAGGCACGCGAGGACCUGGCAGCUCUGGAGAAGGAUUACGAAGAAGUGGGCGUGGAUUCCGUGGAAGCCGAGGCUGAAGAAGGGGAGGAAUACUGAGCGGAGGGCAUGGCAGGCGACCAUCCCUUUGUAUUCUCCCCACCAUAAUGUUACAAGAUAUAUUUAAUUAUUAAAAUUUGUGUACUGAGACAUCAUCUGUCCCCUGUGACGUAUUCUGACAAA